AUGUCAUCCUACCCAACGACCUACCCAUGCCACGAAAUGCCCAAUCCUUACCCACCAAGCAGUUCCCUGGCUUCUGAGCCUCAGCAACCUGUGGGAUUCAUACACACAGGACAGGGUGCUCAACUCUCCUUCGUAGCCUCUCCAGCAGUCUUUCCUAGCAGUCAGCUGGGCCAAGGAAAUGUGCAACUUACAAAUCCAAGAGCAAGCACAGCAGCAACAAACCCCAAAGGAGCCAUCAAGAUACUCGGGGGGAUCCAGAUUGUGAUCGGAAUCAUGCUCCCCGGAUUUGGCAUUAUCCUGGCUCUACUGAGUUACACGCUGGACCACGCCUGGGGCUUCUACUCCAUCUCCUUUGUCGCUGGCUACCCCUUCUGGGGUGGGCUCUGUUUCAUUAUUUCUGGCGCUCUCUCCAUAUCAGCGUUCGAGGAAUUUUCCCCAUGUCUGCUCAAGGGCAGCCUGGGAAUGAACAUCGUUAGCUGCAUCUUUUCCAUCACUGGCGCGACUCUGCUGCUGGUGGAUGUGGGCAUCAAGGCUCACGAUUGGCAGGUCUACUGGGCCCUGGUUUCUGGAAAAGGAAUUUCAGCCAUGCUGGCUCUCUUCUCUCUCUUGGAGUUCUGCAUAGCAUGUGCCACUGCCCAUUUUGCCACCAAAGCCAUCAGUAGCCCCAAAACAUCUGUUCUGGUUGUUCCAAACGUGUAUGUAACCAACCCUAUGAUGCAAGAGUCCACCCCAGCUCCUCCUAGAAGUGACAGCCAACCACCUUAUGCCUCUGGAUAUUAAAGGGAAAAGGGGGCUUCAGUCACAUAGCACGCAGUAGAACUACUUCUCAGAAACUUCUCAACUUCUCCUAUUGUCCUCGGUGACUGUAAACCCUUAGAUGUGUCUGAAAUUGUUCUCAGGCUCAGCACUAAUGACGACAAUAUCUUCCAAUCACUGUCCCUCCACACUCACCAUGACUGCUCACUGGAA